AUGUCGACACCAUGCGGAACGUUCUCUAAUCUCAAAGCUAGCGAGACUAUCGUCAAGCUUCCUCAUCCGUACCAGACCGAGUACACCAUCGAGACAGCCUCAACACCACUUGGUGUGAAUACACCUGUCUACAGGCUUGUCCAGAACAAUUCAGCGUCAACCAAGAGUCUACCUUUCGACCUUCACCACCCCGAUCUUAUUUUCUCUGAUCCAAUUGAUCUCAAGUCGAGCGAGCUCCCACCUCAAUCCAAUAACAGCCCUUGGGCCCGGGCUCGCCGUUCACCAUGCGUCACCGUCUACUGGAAUGGAGCUGAAGCGCCAACGUUGGCACAGAUCUGGCUGCUUACAUAUGCUCUCUUCACGGUGAGAACGAACGUGGAGUCAUAUCGACUAGAGCUCCGGGGCGCCAAUGCUACCGUUCUGGGCCAUCAGCUUAUGGCAGUUUUGCUUGCGAUUGACCACCCUCUCAAAGGCCGAGAAAGGCGUCAAGCCUCGACAAGGACCGAUGAAAGUCUUGUUCUUCUGUUGCGAAGCACCUUCUGGCAGGGCGCUGGAUCGCCUUUCGGACCCCGACCUGUUUGGUGCCCAGCCGAAUCGCCCGCGUCUCUGCCAGCUUCGACCUCUCUCGGAUCAUACCCUUUGACUCCUCUUCAUAACACAACGACCAUCACACUGGCUGGAGAUCCUGAUGAUCCUGAGCGAGUUCAGCAGUCGUGGCAUCCAGUCAGGCCUGCCAAGCCCGCGCCUGGCGCAACGGUGUAUAGUCGAUGGAUCCCUCACCUCAACGAAACAUUCUCCAUGGUUUCUGUCGACUUGAAUGAUGCUGAGCAUGUGCGCUUAUUUCAUGAAUGGCAAAACGACCCUCGCGUUUCUCAAGGCUGGAAUAUUACUGGUACUCUGGAACAACACCAAGAGUAUCUGCGCAAGGUGCACGAUGAUCCUCAUGUGGUUGCUCUCCUUGCUAAGUGGGACGAUACCAACUUUGCAUACUUUGAGGUCUACUGGGCCAAGGAGGACCGCCUUGGUGGGUAUUUCAACGCUGGUGAUUUCGACCGCGGCCGUCAUUCACUUGUAGGUGAUGUUCGUUUCCGAGGACCACACCGAGUGUCUGCAUGGUGGAGUAGUUUGAUGCACUAUCUAUACCUUGACGACCCUCGCACGAUGUUCGUGGUGGGUGAAACCCAGGAGACAAACACCACCAUUGUUAUGUAUGAUUUCGUUCAUGGCUCUGGGCUGGAUAAGCUGGUUGAUCUACCACAUCAGCGAAGUGCUUUUGUUCGCUCUUCGCGUGAGCGCUUCUUCCAGCUGUGCCCACUUACAGACAACGAGAAGGUUGUCGCCGGUACGAAGCUUGGGCUUGUACCCAAGCUAUAA